AAUGUAAGAACUGUAAAGGUAGUAAACCAAGUCCGAUGACGAAACUCCAAUGCACAAUGCACAAUGCACCAGCAAAGGGAGGGAGGGGCAAAGAGAGGGAGAGAAACAUGAAGAAACACUCGGAUGAAGAAGACCGACCCGACUCCAAGGAAGAAAAGAGAGAGAGAGAGAGAGAGAGAGCACAGUCCCAUCCCUUCGGCUUCAAACCUAUGCAAGGCGGGAUUGGGGGGAAAUCCCCAGUACUUCAACAAAGACAAACAGUUCAGUUCAGUCCAGGAGAUGCAGUGGUGGCGCAUCAAAUGUCUAACACAUAAGACUACCUGCCUGCCUGCCUGCCUGUCCACUUUGCAAUUGAGCGGUUCAAUUGGCCAGAGGGCGCGAGGGGCGAUGUCAAACGGUUUUUGUUUUCUUGGUUGAUGUUGGCUGUGAUGCAGGAUUCGACUUGUGUGUGUUUGAUCUACAAACUUCGUUCAAGGCCAUUGCAUUCGAUCAAGUGUAUCAAUGGCUGAUUGAUUCAAAC